UAGGAAGCAUCAAGGCGCAGAUAACAUAGUUAACGAAAUCCAGUUUCCUUCGAACCAGCGUGCUGUUAAUGGUUUCUAAGUAUUGUGCUUUGUUUUAAAAUCAAAGUUUGUAAAGUGAGACGAUAUGGCAUUCAUCCUCUUAUUUCUCGUCGUUUUAUCUUUGGAUCAAUGUAUAGGACAAAUUAUUGAUAUCGGUGGUGUGUGGGAGAUAAGAUGCCCACAGGGAUGUACUUGCGAGAUCCAAAAAUUCUCUGAUCUGCCUCUACACCAAUGGAUUGACAGAGAUAAAGAUCAAAAUGUAUCCUCCGAUGAUGUCGAUUUUAAUAUGGAUGAUGAGGAGCAUUCCAUGGCUCAUGAAUUAAUGAAAAUAGCAACGUGCGUGAUUGUUGAGAAUCCUGAUGAACUUUUGGCUAAACUUCCUUCAGAUAUACAGGUUUUAACAUUACUUGAAUCGGGCAAUGGGAACGCCGAUAUUCUUCUGCAAGCUACUAUAUUCCAGCGCUUCACCGAGUUGGUAUCAUUAGAUGUUCAAGGGAUAGAUUAUAGCGAUCCUUCUAUAAAGGAGGCGAAUAAUUACAAGGAAAAAGGCGGUAUUCGUCUCUCAUCCGAUGCUUUGUAUCCUCUAGGAUCUACCUUGUUGUAUUUAAAUUUGGAACGAAUUAAAUUGUCAAACUUAAAUUUGCCAAAUAAGAACAAGGCAAAUUUGGUGAUCAAGCCAAUGAAUUCUCAGGAAACCGAAGCGAUUGACGACAAUCGAAUCGCCGUAAGUAAUGUCAGCCAGCACAAAGGACACAGACUCAUCUUUCUGAGUCAGCAGAAUAGCGACGACAAGGAAAUAUUGCCAUACGAUCUGUAUAAACAAGAAUUGGAGGGCUAUAGAGAAAAUGUUGAGCUGUUCGCUGCGCUCGGCGCAUUAACGCAUUUGAGGGUGUACGGUUGCGCCCUGAAAGACAUAUCCUGGCAUAUGUUCGACGGUCUCAAUAGCCUUCUUUAUCUUUCACUGGAAAAAAAUAGUUUAAAGUUCAUACCGGAAUUUUGCUUCUACGGUACGCCGAACUUGAGAUGGUUGUCACUGGCGAGUAAUGAGUUAUUGACAUUGAAGAGUGUAGACUUGGCAGGAUUACUUAUGUUGGAACACCUGGACUUGCGACAAAAUAACUUGACUUUUCUAUCGGAAUUAUCAUUUCCGCCUUUUCCGGCGUUGAAGAGCGCUGAUUUUACAGAGAACCCUUUGGAUUCCAUUUUUCCAAGUACUUUCGAGAUUAUGAAUACGACGAUAAAACUGUAUCUCGGAGGCACGACGUCAAAAUUAACACUGCAAAAGAAUUCGUUACUUGGUCUACGUAAAGCUGAGAUAUUAUAUCUAUAUAAUUUAGAUAUACUCUUAUUAGAACGUUUCAUACUACAAGGAUUGCCAGCGUUGACGCAUCUCAAAAUGCGAGGAAACAUCACGAAUAUCGAUUUCGAUGCAUUUGUCGAUCUUGCCAAUCUGUUGGAUCUGGAUCUAAGUUCUUGUCACAUUGAGAGAAUUUCCAUGGAUGCUUUCUACGGUUUAGAGAAAGUUAGAAGAAUCGACCUAUCGAAAAACGAUCUCGAAUCCAUACCCCCAGGUUUAUUCGUCGCUCAACAACAGAAGGAGCUGAGAGAAAUUAUACUUACAGGGAACAAAUUAACUUCGUUACCUUUGGAUUUUUUUAAAAAUCUUAGACUGCCAACUAAACAAAUACAACAGAUACAAAAUAUAAGAUUGGAUGAGAAUCCUUGGGAUUGCACGUGUCUCAUGAUCAAUUGGAAUCCUCAUCUAGUGAACAGAAAUAAGGAGACAGCUCCGCGAUGUUCAACGCCGAAGCGAUUACAGAAUUGGGGAAUUUUUCAUGCAUUGCGCAAAGGUGGUUUACAAUGCAGAAGUCCGAAGAAACGAUACCUUCAAAAGUUUUUGAAAACAAGAGGAGAGUUUGAAGAGCAUAAUGAUAUCAGUUAGUCAAUUUCCAAUUUUUUGCAAAUUGUAUAUGUUGAUAAAAUGCAGAACGGAAAAAAAAAUAUAUCAUAA